AUGUACUCGGCGCCGCUCCCAGUAUCAUCGUCAAUGAAUGGUAUGGGAGGCAGCAUGAUCGAUGGAUCGGGUACUAUCAACCCAGCAGCAUUGAACACGCCCGUCGCGGUCUUACCGAAUCCGUCCUCGAUCAACGCGCACAUAAAUUCUCGCGGUCAGAAGAGAAGCCGAUCACCAGAACACAGUGGCGAUCAGUUCGGCGGUGGAGCCGAAGAUGACGAUCAGAAGCCGAAAAAGCGCGGAAGGCCUCCGAAGUCCAAGCUCUCCGUAGAGGGUCCAGCUUCUCCAUCUUCGCAACAGGUAACACACAAUAACCCAGACCAGCUACGGACUCCGCAACUUCAGUCGCAUGGUCUUCCCCAGGACGUGAGUGGCGUUCCGACCCAGAAGUCUCCACCGAAGUCGACGCCCACCAAAACAGUGAUCAAGGCAUUGCCGACAGUCAGAGAUCAUACCACAGAUCAAUUGAACCACGAGGGGGAUGAAUAUAUACCAAGGGAAUACGACAAUGCAGGAGAGGAAAAGGUCAACGCACAAGGUUUUCCUCAAGGAGGUCGUCAAUUCAAGAUUCGGACAUUCUACGUAGCGGACAGAGAAGAGAAGCGAUUCAUGCUGGCAACAGAGUGCGCUCGCGUCCUAGGCUACAGGGACUCCUAUCUACUUUUCAACAAAAACAGAUCUUUGUUCAAGAUCAUUGCUUCGCAAAAAGAGAAGGACGAAUUGAUUCACCAAGAGAUUCUUCCUUAUUCGUACAGAUCACGGCAGAUCGCCAUCGUCACUGCAAAGUCCAUGUUCCGCCAAUUUGGUGCUAGGGUGAUUGAUAACGGAAGGAGGGUCCGAGACGAUUAUUGGGAAGCGAAGGCUAUAAAGCAGGGUUUUACCGAGGAAGACAUGGCCGGCGACAAGCGACCAGGAGCUGGGAAAGCAAGGGAGGCGGCUUCCGCUCUUGAAAACAACAAUCCUGUUGACACUGGAGGACCUGGCCAGCAUCAAGAAAUCAUUUACGCAGACCCUAAUAUAGGGAGCCCAAAUCUUCCUCACGGUUACUUAGGAGGACUCCCUCCCAUGCCCGAGGAUUCCCGGCUGCGAGCUUAUGGCACCAUCCAGCGACCGAGGCAGGAGAUGGGGGGUCCAUCCUAUCAAGAUAAAACGCAAACCAGUCCUAUUACAGACGUGCUGCAUCAAUCCUCCAAUGCAGCAGAGAACAACAAGAACUUCACUCAUCAGCGAGCGAAUCGAGGCAAGAUUAUGACGGACCUCUGGAACCGGGAGCGUGAGACGCCAGUUUCAUCGCCCCAGGGAUUGGAUCAAAGCCCAAUGGCCGCUCAGUCACCACACUUGCCGUCAAGCACAAUGCGAAACAACCAGCAAUCUAUGCUUCAACAUCAAGCCUCCCAGAUGAUGAGCCCACAGCAAGCUUACUCACAUCAGCAACAACACCACCACCAAAACCCUCACGCCCAAUCUCCCGUCCGCAGCGGCAUGCCACCAUCCAUGCGCCCUGAACUGCAACAACCCCGCUCGUCUCUCUCUUCUUCCUAUUCCGGCCAUGGUCAACAAACGUCCCCAUACGGUUAUCCUCCCCAAUCUCAGAUGUGGGGCCAUCCACCCCCACACCCCCAACCUCAACAAUCCCCCCUCUCGUCCCACCACCCCAAUCUGCCUCACUAUAGUCCCUCCUCCCAUCACCAACAACCGCCGCAACUCCAACAACAACAACAGCAGCAGCAGCAGCAGCAACAGCAACAGCAACAGCAACAGCAACAGCAACAGCAACAGCAACAGCAGCAGCAGCCACCGCCGCAGCCGCAACAGCCACAGCCACAGCAACACCACCACCCUUCCCAAUCACCUCACCCACAACAAGGACAUCCACAACCACAGCUCCAUCACAGCCAGAGCAGUGGUUCCAUGCACGGCGGCGUAAGCUACCAGACCAUGCCCGGCAUGCCCGGCCCGCCUGGAGGGUACUCGCAAGCUGCAGCAAUGGCGGGAGUAAGAGCGAUGUACCCGCCGCAGAGCGCCAGUCCAAGUCAGCAGCAGUACCUGCAUCAACAGACGACGGCCGCGCAGCAAGCGGGGAUGCAGGGCUGGGCACCGCCACCUCAGCAGCAACAACAGUGGGGACAUCAGCCAGGAGGGCAGGGGUAUCCCGCUAGCACUGGAUACUGA